CGUGUGUCCUGCAUACACAACGCAACCAUGACAUUCUACUCAGUUGCUCUGGUGCGUUCGGGUCGACCGGUGCUUUCGACGCGCCUACCCGCUCGUGCAGCUCACAAACUUCAGGCUCGAGCGUUUUCAGCUAGUUCUACUCGAGGAAAAGAACGGCUCGUAAUUCUCGGGUCUGGAUGGGGAGGGUAUGAGGUGUUGCGUGGUGUUGACAGAAAGCGUUGGGACGUGACGAUGAUUUCUGCUUCAUCGUAUUUCAAUUUCACACCCCUGCUUGCAAGUUGUGCCGUUGGGACCCUCGAGUUCAGGUGCGCUGUCGAGCCGGUCCGGAGGUACGCGCCGGAAGCCACAACAUAUAACGCAUGGUGCGACAAGAUUGAUUUCAAACAGAAGACACUCACUUGCGUCCCAGCAACUCCUCUUCCAUCCUACUUCGAGCGUCCACAACAAACUCCCACAUCUGUGUCAGAGGUAUCGACGACACCUCCGAAGCUUAGACUUGCAACGCAAGCUCAGACAAUUGCUGUGAAACCUCGAAAAGAGUUUACGAUUCUGUAUGAUAAACUUGUUAUCGCGGUCGGCUGUUAUGCACAAACGUUUGGCGUGCCUGGCGUCAAAGAGUACGGGUAUUUCUUGAAGGACGUCCGAGAUGCUCGGGCUAUUCGUUCGCGUGUACUUGAGUGUUUCGAGGAAGCAUCUCAGCCAACACUCUCAGACAUCGACCGUCGAAACUUACUCAAUUUCUGCAUCGUCGGCGCUGGACCCACAGGUGUAGAGUUCGCCGCGGAACUCCAUGACUUACUCAAGUCGGAUAUAAGGAAAUAUUAUGGCGAGAAGCUUACUCGCCUCGCACGGAUUAAUUUGUAUGAUGUUGCGGAUCGUAUGCUUGGUGGAUUUGAGGAGGGGUUGGCGAAAUACGCGGAGCGGAAGUUUGCACGAGAUGGAAUUAACAUCAGGCUGAGACAUCAUGUUGAGCGUGUGGAGGAUGGCGUAUUGCACGUUAAGGAGCAAGGCGAAGUUCCCUUUGGCAUGCUCGUCUGGAGCACGGGACUCGCACCCAAUCCUCUGAUACAAAGCAUCGCGGAGAUCGAAAAGGAUGGCAAAACCGGAAGUCUACUAACGGACAAUCAUUUACGCGUCAUCAAAAAGGACGGAUCAAUCAGCGAGAACAUAUGGGCUAUCGGGGACUGUGCAAUCAUCCAGGAUGAACUCCUUCCUGCAACCGCUCAAGUUGCUUCACAAAAAGCAAAAUACGUAACGCGCGUGCUGAACCGACUCGUCCGCGAUCGACCCACGGAGGAGCCAUUCCAGUUCCGCAAUCGGGGGAGUCUCGCCUACCUUGGUGAUUGGAAAGCGUUAUAUGAUCGUUCCAAAGUUGAGACUGGACCGAAAGGAAGUGAAACUGGACGUCUCGCAUGGCUCCUUUGGCGUUCAGCUUACUUCACUCAAACACUAAGUAUCCGCAACAAAAUUACCGUUCCGUACUACUGGUUCCUUAAUUGGAUUUUCGGUCGCGACAUUACGCGCUUGUGAAAAGUAUCUCGAGAUCUUUCCUACAAUCUAUAGACUAUCAUAGAAUGUAUGAUGACCCCUAGUAUGAUUAAAAUACGAGCUC